UUUCAUCAAAAGAACGGAAAAAGCACAAUUGGAUAAAUAGUUCUCGGAUCAAGCCUACUUGUGGUGGUGCCUCCUUGCCAUUUCCAAUAAAUCCUUUAUUAAACCCCGAAUAUAGAAAUAAAAAUAUGCUAAAAAAACCGAUUAAAAAAACUCCAAACCAAGAACUUAAACAGGCUUACGAUUUAGUGAUUAAGGACUUAUUUGCUAACUUAAAAAAAGCCAAAGACGGAGCCAAAAUAAAAUUAGUAGUCGCUGCCACUUGCGUCGGUCUCUAUUUUUAUGGUUCGCAAGUUAAAAAUAACGAAUACCUGAAAUUAUUGCCCGUACAAAAUAAUCAACAGCAGGCUAAUUCAAGCACUCAAAACCAGACAAACUAUCAACAACCACCUCAGCAAUCUCAACCUCAACAACCUUCUAUAAUAAUGAAAUUGGUGGCUUCUUGUUUACCGGUAUUGUUAGAGCAAUUUGCGGGUCCCAUGGUUCCCUCUAUGGGAGGCCAGGCCGCAGAAAAUCAAUUAGUUAUGUCUCAGGUGCUUUCUCUGCUACAACAAAUCAACCAAAGAUUAACCAUUCUUGAAAAUAGUGCCACCCAGCAAUUCACUGCUUUAAAUCAACAAGUUCAAAGCAUUAAGUCCGUCCGUUUAACUCACCAAAAGGAAACCAAAGCCAUUGAUUAUAAUUUACAGAACGAACAGCAAUAA